UCGUGCGUAAAAUGCCGCGCUUAGUGCGUCCUGGCGCGGACGAGUCCUCGGAAAGUGUGCGGUGUCAGUCGCGCUUCCUUCACGCCCCGCUGUCGUGGCUCGGUGAUGUGCAGGAGUGGCAUCUCGGCGACAGAAUCUGGAUGAAAGAGCGUCCUUUAGAGCUCAGGCAUGCAUCGAGUAAUGAGAUCAUUGGCGUUAUAAAUAUCCCCGUGCCAGCAGAACAACUCCAGCUACUGCAGCCCGGGUAAUGCCCACACACAAGCGCUGCAUGCGUGAGUGUGUGCGUGUGUGCGCACGGUUUCUGGAGCCCGGACCUCGGUACGAGCGACGCCAAAAUGCGCGAAGUGUCCUAGCGAGUGUCUCCUCUGUGGAAGAAUGAAUGUUCCUCUUUACCUUUUGACCUUCGCUCACUUGGUUUGCGCCGCCGCCGGAGAGGAGCACGUCUCUUUGGAGAGCCAACUUCUGGAGGAAGGGAUCCGCUCGGGACGCAGGACUUGCAGGCUCUACUGUAGGGUUGGCAUCGGCUUCCAUCUGCAGAUUCAUCCCGACGGCAGAGUCAACGGCAGCCAUGCGCCCAACCAACUGAGUGUUCUGGAGCUCUUUGCGGUUUCUCAGGGGGUCAUUGGCAUCAAAGGGGUCUACAGUAACAGAUUCCUGGCCAUGAAUAAAAGAGGACGGCUCCACGCCACCGAAUGGUUCACAGACGACUGUAAGUUCAGGGAACGUUUCCAGGAGAACAGCUACAACACGUACGCCUCAGUGAUCCACAGGAACCACAGGACUGGUCGCGAGUGGUUUGUGGCCCUCAACAAGAGGGGUAAAGCUAAAAUGGGCUCGAGUCCACGGGUCAAAUCCCAGCAUGUCUCCACCCACUUCUUACCAAGGGUCAGCCUGCAGGACAAGGCCGAGCGAGGGUUCACCAUCACAGACAGGAGCAAAGAGAGGAGGAAAUCUUCGCCUCCACCACCAGCUCCACCUAAACCUGCAGUGGUGAAGGCGAACGUCCACGCUGGAACAGCUCAGAGACGGACACAAGUCAAAUACUGGCCCAAGUACCGGUUCGGAUAG